AUGGCCAUCACCUACGAGCCCAGUCCUACAUUCAUCAUCCCGACCGUAGAUUUAACGGCAUAUUUCAAAGACCCCAGUUCACCCGAGGCAGAACGAAUCGUCGAACAGGUCCGCACUGCAUGUGCCACAAGUGGCUUCUUCCAGAUCACAGGUCAUGGUGUCUCGCAAUCCCUCCAAGAACGAGGAUUUGCUGCGGCAAAGAAAUUAUUUGCUCUUCCUGACGAAGUCAAGCGUACAUUGACCGGCGAUCCUGGUCGGGGAUACGAAGUACUUGGUUCGCAAAUUCUGGAGGAGGGUAAGAAGCCCGACUUGAAAGAGGGCUAUUUUAUCGGCCGCGAAAUCCCCGGAAACAAGCCCCCUUUUCGUCGGUUUCAAGAGGCCAACAUCUGGCCGGACCCGAACUUGCUACCAGAAAGUGAGUUCAAGGAUCCUUUGCUAGAGUAUCACGACGCUCUGUCAGAACUUUCAUUUCACGUCACGAGUAUUCUGUUUCGGGGCCUUUCCGAUUUCGACACGAGCAUCUUUACGGACUUUUGCAAAGAUCCUAUCGCCACCGUCAGACUGCUCCAUUACCCUCCCCACCCGCCGUUGGCGGAUCCCAAUCUUGUUGGUGCCGGUGCUCACACUGAUUUCGGCGCUCUCACGCUCCUGCUGCAGGACGGUCACUCGGGACUUCAGGUGUUGAAAAAGACCCCGGAACAAGAUCAAUGGAUCGAUGUCCCGCCCCAGAAAAACGCCUACGUGGUCAAUGUCGGCGACUUUCUCGAGUCCUGGACCGGUGGCGCCUACAAGAGCAACAUCCACCGCGUCAUCAACACCAGCGGCACGGACAGAUAUUCUAUCCCAUUCUUCUGGGACGGAAAUGCAGAUUGUGUCAUCAAGCCUCUCGAUGGAUCACUGGCUGAAGGGUACACGGUGGAGGAACAUAUGCUCUCGAGAUAUGCGAAAAGUUUUGCCUGA